AUGAAGCGCGUGUUGACCAGUUUUUGCCUUCUGGCGUUCCUGGUGGUGGGCGCAAACGCUGCCAGUUUCACAGUGGAUUACCCGGCUUCGAUUACCGCGACAACGGUGGCGAAGCACGAAUUAUAUGGAAACGAGACGUGCACAUUGAAGUCGGUGCCUCCCAAAGCAUCUGGUAGGGUAGUUACGGACCCAGCUGAACUCUCGCUCAAGGCUUACCCGCUGAAGGGCGACGAGUGCGAUUUGACGGGAGCCCAGACGUGGGCGACACUUUUCCCAAAAGCGAGUGCAAACUUUGACUUUGCUUCCACAGCACUCAAGCUGUCUGAUAUCACUUUGAAAAUGCCACCUCAAGGUGGUGGUGAAGGUUAUUGCUUCGUCCUCAAGGAUACCACAAGUCAGCACACGACGACCUACCAAGUGAAGGCGCAUGCGGUCAGGACGGCAGCUGCUGUCAUUCCGUUCGUUGGUGCCCUAUCUCUCGUGCUGUUGAAUAUGUAUUCUUAA